ACCAUAGAACCAGCCCCCCAAAAGAAAAAUCAGGGGAAAAAUUAGAAGAAAAUAAAAGAAAGAAAAACAAAAGACUAGCUAGUGGUCUAAAUUCGAAGAAGAUUCAACUGAAACUAAACUUCCAGUAUCUUAUACUUCUCCCCCUCAAAACUUGCAACUUAUUUUUUCUGUGCUGUUAUGGCCACCGUUUCAUCAGGUGGAAUUGGUGUAGUCCCUGUCAAACUCCAUACAAACAAACCAAAACCCUUAUCUCCAUUUCUUGGAAAGAAACUUACCCUUAAACCCUCUUCAAGAACUAUAACUGCUAACCCAAGAACAGUUUCAGUUGUUGUAUCAGGAGGAGAAUUGUUUGAUGCUGUUAAUAACUUUUUUUUGGGUGUUGGAGUUGGCCUACCAUGUACAGUAAUGGAGUGUGGUGAUAUUAUAUAUAGAAGUACUUUGCCAAAAUCUAAUGGGUUAACAAUUACAGCUCCUGGUGUAGCUUUGGCUCUUGGUGCUUUGUCUUACCUUUGGGCUACUCCUGGUGUGGCUCCCGGCUUUUUUGACAUGUUUUUUCUAGCUUUUGUUGAGAGGUUGUUUAGACCCUCUUUCAGAAAGGAUGACUUUGUUUUGGGGAAGAAGUUGGGUGAAGGAGCUUUUGGAGUUGUUUAUAGAGUUUCAUCGGCUAAGAAGCCUUCUUCUAAGAGGGAAUGUGACUUGGUCUUGAAAAAGGCUACAGAAUAUGGGGCAGUGGAGAUUUGGAUGAACGAGCGUGUUCGAAGAGCUUGUGCAAGCAGCUGUGCAGAUUUUAUAUAUGGAUUUCUUGAGAGUUCGUCAAAGAAAGGGGGUGAAUAUUGGCUCAUAUGGCGUUUUGAAGGAGAGGCUACACUUUCUGACUUGAUGCAGAGUAAAGAGUUCCCCUAUAAUGUAGAGGCAAUGAUUCUUAGAGAGGUUCAGAACUUGCCUAAGGGAUUGGAAAGGGAAAACAGAAUCAUUCAAACUAUUAUGAGACAGCUUUUAUUUGCAUUGGACGGUCUUCACUCAACAGGGAUAGUGCAUAGAGAUAUUAAGCCGCAGAAUAUUAUUUUUUCUGAAGGUUCUCGUUCAUUCAAGAUCAUUGAUCUUGGAGCUGCUGCAGAUCUGCGAGUGGGAAUCAACUAUAUUCCAAAUGAGUUUCUUUUGGACCCAAGGUAUGCUGCACCAGAGCAAUACAUCAUGAGCACACAGACUCCAUCAGCACCAUCUCCUCCAGUGGCUACUAUACUUUCCCCGGUUCUAUGGCAGAUGAAUUUGCCCGAUAGAUUUGAUAUUUACAGUGCUGGGCUAAUUUUCCUACAAAUGGCAUUUCCAGGAUUGCGUACAGACAGUAACCUCAUACAGUUCAACCGUCAGUUAAAAAGGUGUGAUUAUGACUUGGUAGCCUGGAGGAAAAGUGUAGAGCCGCGGGCAGGCCCUGACCUCCGAAGGGGCUUUGAGUUAUUGGAUUUAGAUGGAGGAAGAGGAUGGGAGCUUCUAACAUCAAUGGUUCGAUACAAAGCACGACAAAGAAUUAGCGCAAAAGCAGCCCUAGCUCAUCCCUACUUUGAUAGAGAAGGACUAUUAGCUUUGUCUUUCAUGCAGAACCUGAGGCUGCAACUCUUUCGAGCAACACAACAAGACUAUGGAGAAGCAGCAAACUGGGUUAUCCAGUUAAUGGCAAAAUCUGGAACAGAAAAGGAGGGUGGCUUCACUGAAGCUCAACUUCAAGAACUUCGAGAAAUGGAGGAGCCUAAAAAGAAGGCGAAUGCUCAAAGGAAUGCACUUGCAUCAGCACUUCGUCUUCAAAGAAAGAUAGUAAGAACAUUAAAUGAGAGCAUGGACGAGCUUAGCAGACGCAGUAAGAGCCUAUGGUGGAGCAGGUGGAUCCCAAGAGAGGAAUGAGUAUUGUACAUACAUAACAAAUACUAUCUUUUUACUCUUUCAUGUAAAUUUUGUGCCUCCAUUAUUAUAAUUGACUGUCUUGGUUGUAUAGAAAUGAUGUUUUUAGAUGGGAGAGAGUAGCUGGAACCUCCUGCAGAAACAUACAUACCUGGAAUCUUUUGACCGCACGUGUAAUCUCCUCCAUUACUGGUAUAAUUUUAUUGAAAGGAAUUUGAAUGAAGUGAAAAUGGUGUGAUUAUGAAGCA